AUGAACAAUAAUCGGGGAGCAUCCAGCGAGGAGACCGCACCUUCAGACGAUGGCAACGAAAAGCUUUUGCAGGCCGUUAUCAGUCAAGAUAUAAACGAACUCAAGUCACUCAUUGCAGCAGGAACCUGUUUGUGUAAGCAGGACAGGACCGGCAUGACAGCUCUUAUGCAUGCAGCGGCUCAGGGCAGUAUUCUAAUGACAGGCAUGUUGGUGGAGUACGAGAAGGGACUGAAAGAUAGUAACGGAAAGAUGGCUCUGCACCAUGCCCUGAGAGGCGGCCAUGUCGACGUUGCAGGGCUCCUUCUUUCAUAUGAAGACCCUCGGGAUCGAAAUGGCGUUACUGCACUGAUGCGGGCCUCGGCCAUUGGUGACAUGGAGGUGGUUGUGCAUCUUGUGAAGCUUCAGGGAGCCGUACAGACCAUCAAUAGCGGAUCUUAUAAGCUUGAAUCAGGCACUUACUCAUUCAACGAAGGGGCAACGGCACUUAUGUUUGCCGCGUGGUAUGGGCAAAGCGAGGCAGCAAAGGUGUUACUAGGUCGUGAGAGCAGGAUACGGGAUAAUGGCCGGUUGACUGCUCUUAUGUAUGCAGCAGAACGCGGUUACAUCGAGGUAGUGAAAGAGCUGAGACCUAGGGAGUCCAGAAUGCAGAACUGGCUCGGUAGAACUGCGCUUAUGUUUGCUGCCCAAAAUGGACAUAUGGAUGUGGUCAGGUUACUAUUAGAAGACGAGAAGCAGAUGGUGGAUGGAAAUGGCUGGACUGCUCUUAUGUACGCGGCUUCUAAUGGCCAUGUUGAAAUAGCUUGCUUACUGCUAGAUCACGAGAAGUGUGUCCAAGAUAAUGAUGGCUGGUCGGCGCUCAUGUUCGCUGCAUAUUAUGGAUACACAGAUAUGGUAGGGCUGUUAUUAAGUGAGGAAAAGGGACUUAGAGAUAGCAAGGGUCGAACCGCCCUUAUGCACGCCGCAGAAAAGGGAAAUGUUGAUGCAGUUAAGCUACUUGUGGGAUAUGAAGCGCGUGCACAAACAUAUGCGGAAUAUACUGCUCUUAUGCUUGCUGCAUACGCCAACCAUGCAGAGGUUGCAACGGUGCUCCUGCCUUAUGAAGGAGGAAUGCAGACCACAAUUGGCUGGACUGCUCUUAUGGAGGCUGCACUGUAUGGCCACACUGAAGUAAUUUCCGUGCUCAUGCAAUGUGAAGGUGGGUUGCACAGGAAUGAUGGAUGCACCGCCCUCAUAUACACUGCAUACGAGGGGCAAGAGGAGAUGGUGAAGCUUCUUUUCGAUCUCGAAAGGGAGUCCUCCGGAUGGACUAAACUGAUGUAUGCGGCAAGCUUGGGACUCACAGCCACUGCUGGUGCCCACUUAAGCGAUGCUGGACAGCAGGACAAUAUUGGGCUUACUGCGCUUAUGUAUGCAGUCAGGAACUGCCGGACAGAAAUGGUUAAGUUAUUAGCAACACACGAGUGUGGAUUUCAAGAUAGUGGUGGUUGGACAGCGUUGAUGCAUGCAACACUUUGUGGGUAUCGAGAUCUUAUCAGGCCCUUGCUUUGUGAAGCCGGUUCUCAGUCGUUGGUAGCCCAUCGAAACUAUCCUCCUGGGACCACCGCCUUAAUGAUAGCAGCCUACCAGAAUGAUGCAUAUACUGUGGAUUUGCUUGCUUCACUAGAAGCAGGAUUUCUCAAUUCGGACGAUGACUGUGCACUGAUUCUUGCACUACAGAAUGCCAGCGCAGAGUGCAUCCCCUUGUUACUCUGUGAAUUGUCUGUCCUUGAUAGCCACGGCAAAGCAUGCUACUUUAGGAUUCACACACUCGAUAUAGAUGAAUCCCCCAAGCUUACCUUGCUUUAUGAACGCCUCCGGGACACGCUCAAGACAAUGUUCUUUUCAGGACUUCAGAAGGAGCGGCUGGCUUGCUUGUUAACUGCACUAACUCGCUCUGUCAGCUCCCUGAUUACCUCAGGCCAUUUCCUCUUAGAACUUAUGUGGGCAGCCCUACUCUGCGAAUACGACAAUGUCAUUACCGACCUUGAUGAACAGUUUGUUCUGAUCGAAGAUGCGUAUAUAGAAGAUACGUGUGCGAUCUGCCUGACUCGUCCUCCUGAUUGUGUUCUCUUGCCGUGUCGACACUUGAUUGUUUGCUUGGCAUGUGUUGAUCGUAUUUACGCAAACAAGUCAUGCUGCAAGUGUCCCUAUUGCCGCACACCCAUUGAAACUAUACUUGACCUUGCGGAGUGUAAUUUUACUCUGUUAUAA